ACCCGGUGCUGCAGACGGCGCGCAGAAUGAAAGUGUCCUUCUGUUUAUGUGUUUAUCUGUUUAUCUUGUGUGAACAUGUUUUAAUAUCUCCAUGAACUGCAGUCUGGCUGAGAUCGUCAGGUCGUUUGAGAUGUUCCUGAUCAAACCCUGAGAGGAAAUGUUUCUUCUCAAGCGAAGAAUCUGCAGCAGUGUUGAUCCUGGGUAGCUAACAAGCUAACCUAGCUAACCUAACUGUUUUGUUUUGGAAAGUGGAAUAACGGAGUAAGAAAAGGCGGAUAUUAAAGACAAACGAGUCUAACCUGAAUAGCUAAAGCGUUCAGUAUUUAAAAUUCGGGUUCGCUUGGUUGGACAGACUCGGACUGAAAACAGAGGUUUUGACAUGGAUUUGAAGUGUCAGUGGAGCUGAGAUGAACCCGGGACGCAAGCGCAGGCUGGCGGCUGCCAGAGGAGCCGUCUCUCGGUCCAAGUGCAGCAGGAAUGAAGAGAACGAGUGCAAACCAGCAGGGUCCACCCAGACCCCCUCUCCUGACUGUGAGCCCGGCUCCUCUCCAGCUGAAGAAGGGCUAAAUCAUCCAAAUAACGAAAACUCACCGUCAUCGAAACGAGCAGCAAGGAGCAAAGCCUGCAGCCAAGCUGUCUGUCCAGCUUCUGAGACCGAGGGUGUGGUGCAGAAUGUGAAGUGUGGCCUGUCCUCAGAAGAUGAAACCGAGAAGACCCUGGUCAUCACAGUCGAUAACGAGCAAAGCGGCACACGGCAAAGUGGGAGAAGGAAAGGAGGUCUAAAGAGGAAACAGGAGAUGAGUGGGACCUCUACCGAGGCAGGCUCCCAGCAAGAGCAAGAGCAAGAGGAGAAUGAAGAUGAAAUCCAGCCAGAGGUUGAGAUUGAUCAAGAGCUCGACAGGGAGCUUGAGAACAAAUCACGGCAGCAUAACCUGACCUCAGCCAACGUGCGCAGCAUUAUACAUGAGGUGAUCACCAAUGAACAUGUUGUGGCCAUGAUGAAAGCUGCCAUCAAUGACACCGAACCUGUUCCACUGUUUGAGCCCAAGAUGACUCGCUCUAAACUAAAAGAGGUUGUGGAGAAAGGAGUGGUCAUUCCCACUUGGAACAUUUCACCAAUUAAGAAGCCCAACAAAAUGACGGGUCCCCAGUUUGUGGACAUUCCAUUAGAAGAGGAAGACUCCUCUGAUGAGGAGUAUUGCCCUGAUGAAGAAGAAGAUGACGAGACAGCAGAAGAUACGCUACUGGAAAGUGAUUUAGAGAGCACAGCGUCGUCACCACGGGGCACUCGAAUAAGCAUCAGCAGAUCCUUCAGUGAAUACGAUGGAGAAAACAGCUGCAGCCCCAGACAGAGCUUGCGCAGAGCGAGGCAUCUGAGGGUUGAGGUAGUGCCCAUGGGCCCCCCACCACCUCCUCAGGGUCCAGAGCCUUCAGGGCCGUCAAGAGAGUGCAGCUUCAUGGAGAAACUUCAUGCCGUGGAUGAGGAGCUGGCCAUCGGCUCUGACUGUAUGGACACAUACCAGUCUCUCAGCAGUAGUGGAGAAGACAGUCUGAUGGCUUUUCGCACUCGUUCCAAACGUCCACUGAGAGACGUGCCACUGGGUCGUCUGGAGGCGGAGCUUCGAGCUCCUGACAUCACACCGGACAUGUAUGAGCAAGGCUCUGCCCCGGAGGACGUAGAGUGGACACGGUGGCUUCAGGGCCUCAUGAGCUCUGAUGUGGAGAAUGAAGAGGAGGGCGAUGAUGAAGAUGAUCCGGAGUAUAAUUUUCUGGCUGACAUUGAUGAGCCGGAUGUAGAGGACUACAGGAAUGACAAGGCAGUGCGCAUCACCAAAAAGGAAGUGAAUGAGUUGAUGGAGGAGCUCUUUGAUGCAUUUCAAGACGAAUUAGGGUGUCAGGAGGAAGAAGGCCAUGAAGAAGAAGAGGAAAAAGAAGAAGACGACGCUACCCAGCAAGAACCUCCCAGUAUUCUGGAAACAAUUCAGUAUGAGGAUCCUUUAGCAGACAUCCUGAAACAGCGAUACCGAACAGUAAAAGAGCAGCUGGCAGCUAUUCGUAAGCGGAAGGCUCUGCUGGAGAGUAAAGGCAUACCCAUACCCGCUCCAAGACCUAAACGCCCCAAAAGCCCCACAAGCCCAAGCGGCCCCAGUGGCCCCAGUGUCCCCAGUGGCCCCUUGCGUCUCACUCAUGCCCAGAAACUUCAUCUCCAGCAGCACAUCCAGCAGCAUGUGCAGCUACUGACACAGGUGAACAUGCUGAGCAGGUCGACGAAGGGCCUACAGACUGAGGCUUGCACUGCUAGACAGUUUCUGUUAGAGCUGCAGUUCUUUGCUCAGCGGGCAGAGCAGGCGCAGAGUGUAACAGAGCCUGGUUUUGUUAGUGUCUUCAGAGCCUGUAACCUACAGGCUGCGCUCGACUUGCUUGAAGAGUUAGACCACUCUCCUAAAAUUGACGCUCUGGGCCAGGGUCCACUGUUCUCAGGAUCCCAGAUUCCGGCUCAUUUGGCAUGGUUGAUGGCCACACGUCCAGUUUUCCUCUAUCCUGAGCUGCUUUCGGAGGCUAACCUGUCUACUUUUCAUUACAAGGGACCCUUCACCUCAGCAGAGAACUGUUUGAUAGUUUUGGGCCAUAAACACUUUCAGGGUACUCUGCACCCACUCCAGCUGGCAUGUCAUUACCUGCUUGUUGCUAGGAACUUCGUCUGUUUGAGAGCCCACAUCCGCAGUGCAUGUCAAAAACAAAGCCCCAGCAUCAUAAAGAAUUACUUUCUAGAAGGUAAAUAUCCCUUUAUGCCUGUGGCCUGCGAAAGAGUCAGUCCCGAUGACCUGCGACCCCCAGUAGAGAGAGAGAAGCGCCUCAUGCCUUAUUGGCUUUCGGAAAACCUUAAGCUGAUUUAUGAAGAAGUGAAGAAAUACAACCAGCAACUUGCCACUUCUCAGUCUGCCAAGCAUAAAGACCUGCAUACCACUGUAGCUCCUGCUACCCCUUCUGCCACCCCAGAACCUGCUUCUUCAUCCUGUACUUCCCCCCCAGGUACCCAAUACCCUCCCUGGCUGCCAGAGACCCUUGCAAUGGCUCUUAUGCCUCCUCCUCCUGGUUCCUUGAGACGAAAAGCCUCGGUUAAGCUUUCUGCACUGACUUUGAAUCAGUCCACUGAACCUCCCAAAGCUCCUCCACUUUCAAAAGAUGUAGUGGAAGCCCUCGGUCGUCUCCCACCCAUUUUGCCAAAGUCUGCUCACCUUGACCAACUUGGAGGUCAGACUGUUCAGUUUAAUUCCUUGAGGAAGAAGCCAAAGAUUAAGCUUGGAACUGUAAGUGCUCAAAGUACUGGAGAAACCCAGAUGGUAACCUCUAAGUUUAAUGACCCAGCAGAUCAAAACCAAGGAAAACUUGUCAUAACUUUAACUGCUGCUCCAGUGGAGCCACCCUCUCUUGGGAACGUGGUUGUGACAACAAAAGAAACACAUACUGCAGGUUCUAGCGCUGAACAUGUAGCUCUAGUAGGCCCACGGGAUGAAAAUAUUCUCACCUUACCUACUGCUCCAGUGGCCACCAGCCUGAACCUACCCUCUCUAGGGGAUCUAGCUGUGAAAACCAGUGAAACAGGCUCAAGUGCUGCACAAAUAGCUUCUAGCCAAGGCAAUGUCAUCAUCUUACCUACUGCUGCGGUGGCCACUGCCUUAAUAUGUCCUGCACCAGCCACUAAGGUAGCGCCCCAAACGCCUUCUGUCCUCCCCUCUUUGGCUAAAGACUGCAUGAGUCAGCGUUGUGGCACCCUACUCAAGCUAAGCACAGGACCAAGAGUCCCUCUAGGCCCAAAUCCUCCAAAGUCUGUAUCUCAAAAUACUCUGCAUCAGUUUCUUAUACUCCCUCCAGGCUGUAUUAUUACAAACAGUGCAAGUCACAACACUAUUCUGAACCAUGAGCCAGUUACAGCUCACAACCAGAAACCCUGUGUAGCUCAGGAGACGACAGAGAUGGAAGAUGUUACUCAGAGUGUUUUAGGGAACAUUUCCAGGGGACAUAAUGCAGUUCUGCUAGAGGUGUCCUCAAAUAAAGGUCUGGAAGCCAGCAUUAAAGACAGUGCAUUACUGACAGCAGUAGAGGAAGAAGAGUUGGAUGUCGAUGAGGUGAUUGCUAAUGAGGAGGAACAGGAGGAGUGCGGAGAGGAAGGCUUUAGAAAACCAUUCCUCACCUUGUCAGAAAGCUCAGGAAGCCCCACACCUAGUUUGUAUGGGGACGAUGUUGCCAUGGAGACAGUGAUGGAUGAGGAUGGAAGGGACCAGAGACAGCCUGGGUGUAGUGAAGGAGGAAGGGUUAGAGAAGACAUGGAGGGAGAAAUAGAAGAGAAGCGCUUGAGGACAGUAGAGGAAGUGAUGUCACCUGCUUCUGAGACAUCUGUGUUGUCUGUGCCGGAGCUUCAGGAGACAAUGGAGAAGUUAUCAAGGCUGGCAUCAGAACCGGGGUCUGACGAUAAAAGAUUUGCAGAUGAAGUCCAGUCAGGUUGUCAUGCCUCAGUGGAACGGCUUCUCUAUGAUGACUUAUCUGACAAUGAUCCUCGGAGAGAUACUAAAGAUGUUGCGUUUGCUCAGGCUUAUCUGGAGAAGGCAUGUGAGGUGCUGCAGACAGUGCCAGGGAAGGUGGAGGAGUUCCUGGGUGUUUUGUAUGAGUUUGAGCAGGACCCUGAAGGCAGAACGUCAGUGGAGCUCUUUAUGAGGCUGAAGCCUGUGCUAAGAGACUGGCCUGAGCUCCUCAGAGACUUCGCUGCUUUCCUGCACCCAGAACAAGCUCAGGCGUGUGGCCUGCUGGCGGAGCAGCAGGCGUUUGAGAGAAGCAGGCGGUUCCUGAGGCAGCUGGAGCUCAUUUUCGGAGAGCACUCUGUCCACUACAGGAGGGUCGUGCGCACGCUGCAACAGGGCCCCUCUAAAACCCUAACUGGCUCACAAGAGAUGAAAGCACAAAUAGCUAUGCUGUUCCGUGACCACACCCACCUGCUGGAGGAGUACUGGGCGUUUUUUGAGCAGCUCCACCCACCUGCGCAGUGUCGGACUGAUGAUGGAGAGGAGGAAGAGGAAGAAGUGGAGUGGGACGACACUGAUAGUGUUUCAAGUGUUCAGACAGUGCAGAGCGUGUGUGAGCCUAUCGGAGCCUGUUCUCCUGAGGAGAGAACAGAAGCUCACAAAAGUCAUAUUGACUGCAAGAGGGUUGAUGUAAUAACCCAGAAUGCAGAGUGCCAUGGCGUUGGUGCAGAGCUGGAGGAUGAAUGGACCCGGGAGAGAGAUACGCAGUUCCGCUGCCAAGCUUCAGGAAGUCCUGUCUGUGCCAAGAACUGUUCACGUAUGCCAAGUGGGGAAAAGGUUGUGCUCUGGACAAGGGAGGCGGAUCGUGUGAUACUCACCACCUGUCAGCAGAGAGGAGCCAGUCAAAGCACCUUCAGCUCUAUCGCUAAUCAGCUUGGUAAUAAAACGGCCAAUGAGGUUGGUGCACGCUAUCGGGACCUCAUAAAGCUGUUUCACAAAUCCACAAAGCAGCAUCACACCAGCCGGUUAGAUACAGAGCUCCAGUCCAGCCCCAAAGAAGUGGAACCAGACUGAGGGAAAUCCACAGUAAAGCCUAGUGCAUGUCUACCCAGCACUCUCCCACCACAAACAGUCUAAUAAUAAUAAUAAUAAUUGGAACGUGGACUGACAAACCAGGUCUUAAUGGAGGAGAACAUUAAUACCAUCCCCAAACUCAAGGUCACUUUGUGUCACCGUGUUUUUGUGAGCGUAGCAAGAGUAUGAGCUUAUAGACAUUACCAGUAAAUGCAGAGUAAAAAUUCUUUGCCUUGUUUUUCAUUUUCACACCUUGUUUUAUGUUUUUGUUAUCAACUGAACCGUCAUCAUGGUUCCUCAGAAAAGAUGGGCAAGUUAGGCUGGAAAGUGGACAGAGAAAAAUACUAUAUAUCUAUAUGACAUAUAUCAGUGUUAAACUUAUUAAUUCUGUGCUUAAUUCAGUGGUUCAGAUGUAAACAGAGUAAUUCCGAGUGUGUUGAAUUGAAAUGGUUCACUUUACAGUGGUGGUGAUUGGAACCAGGGGUCACAAUGCCUACAACACAAAUACAGCCAUUUUAUUUGCUGCUGACCAGUGAACCUAUACAUGUUUUUGGAGUUAAAAUAGUGGAGAAUCUGAAAAGCUGUUUUCUUUUAGGAUUAUUUUUCCUCAAAUCUCGUAUGUACCUCUCUGCCCUGAGUGUAAUUAAAAAUUCUAAAAUCUCCAAUCUGUUAUAGAAACAACAUCUCUGGCAUCAGACACCAUAUUUGUAACAAUUUCAUGUUAUAAUUUUCUGUGCAGGAUCUUCUAGAGCCCAUGUGUCAAACACAAGGCCUGCGGGCUAAGUCAAGCCUGUCACACAGUCCUGUUCAGCCUGUGAAAUGAUUUUAAUUCUCUAUUCUUACUAGCCCGUUUCAGCCCGUUACAGUCCCCAGCAUGCACUGCAACAUAAUGUGCGUUCUGACCCUCUGACCGUGGGCCAGCGGUUACACAAAAGGAAAACAUCUCUGGUGUCUAGUUCAAGCAAAUGGGCAGUUUUAAAAAAAACCUACCUAAAACAAUUUUUUUAUUU